AGAGAGAUAACAGCGUUUGCCCUGUUCAUAUUUGACUCAGUGCUUGUCAUUGAACACCGACAGACUCACACAGCGCAGGAAGAAAGUCCUCGCAUUAAGAUCGACAUUACAAGGGCAUCCAACCCUCUGUGGGAAACUGAGUAAAACAUUUCACCGGCACUAAAACACAGACGCUCUGCUAGAUAGAGGGAGAUAGAUAAAGUGAACACAACAGUGACUGACGUACACUCUCCAGAGCUGGAUGAAGGUGGUGUUAUGGAGGACUGAGUGAAGGAGACUGAGAAGAGAAAGACGAAAUAAUGAAGACAACUGGAAAGCGAACACGUCUUUUCAUCAGUUGUUGUUCAAAUUAAUACAUCAUAAUAAGACGACAUGAUUGAUAGAAGGCUGCUCCUAUUGGUGUCCCUCUGUUUUGUUGGAGGUGCUUGUGUCAGUAAGAUUAUCCGGAGAAGAGGGGUGAGCUCAAUUCAGACCCAGCAUACAGGAAAUGGAGCAACUGACCAAUGGGAUGCAAGUUUGGAGAGGAAUGGAAAUACAAUGACAAGACUCAAAGAACUGAUUGCUCCUGAGGAAAUUGAAGAGCAGAUUACAACUCACCAGAGCCAUGGAGCUUCUCCCGUCUUCACCAAGGAAAACUUUGUUGGGUUCAAUGCCAAACCACCUGUACAAAUAAGUGAAGACUCUGGUCAAGCGGAUUUUAAGGUACAAUCACCAAUUGAUGACUCUAGAGACAUUUUAGAUUUAAAAAGGAGCAGAAAUAACACAAGGAAAGGUGGAAAAGUUGAGAAAUGGAUCCCAAAGCACCACAGGCCAACCUCUGGCAUGCACUUCAAUAGAACAAGAUUCAAAAUCCCUUCAAGAUCCAGAAUGAGUUCAAAUUUUGCCAUUCACACUACAGCUGGUACAAAGAUAGUCACUCCAGAUUCGCCUCGAAAAUUGAAUCUCACUGGAAGCUUAUUAAAACUAAUAUCUAAAGAAAACCUUGUACGGAUUGUGAAUUCCCAGCUUAAGAGUGUCCCAGGUCUAAAUAUUCUGGGAAAAAUUAGUCACAGCAGGAAAAGGGAUCUGAUUAACAUGGAUCACAGUCAGACGGAGGCAAUCAAACUGAAAAAACAAGAAAGGAACGGCACUCCUGAACUUUAUAACAUGGAUAACCAGACUGCCGAGCUACAUUCAAGCACUUUUACAAAUGCCAGUCUAAAUUCGGAUCAAGCUGUUCACACUCUCUUUAAACAAUUUAGCGGAUUCAAUGGGGAUCGUGGAGAGGAGGACAGAAAAUUGGAGGUGAGAGGUGUUCCAGUAACUGCUUCAUGGAAGUACAAGCACUUCACAACUCACAUAGCAUCAACUCCUCAAAGUGAGAUCAUGCCCAGCACCGAGACGAAUCCCUUCGCUGGUCAGAGAGAUAUGGGCAUAUCACACACUCCGUCUCAGAUCGACUCAGGACUUCGGCCUGACAUUUUCAGCUCAUUGACUGAGAGGAGUCUUGAUGUUGAAGAUGAAUCAGAUCAGAGCACUCUUAUGCCAUUCAGCGUCACUCAGAAUUCAUUGAUUAAAAUUUCAGAACCCAUUGACAGCAGUCACAUCCUAAAACUCCCACCAGAUCCAGAAUCGGGAAGGAAGGAGGUGGAGGAGAGCGGAGAGAUGACUGUGGACUCUCGCCAUGGCAGAGGUGGACAGGGCCUUGUUUUCCAGGAAAUGGAUGAGGAUGAUGAUGAGGGGCGGAAUCAACAAAAAGGGGACAUCGCUCGAUCUAGAAGACGACGAAGCUGGAUCUGGAACCAGUUCUUUGUCAUCGAGGAGUAUGCUGGUCCAGAACCAGUGCUCAUCGGAAGGCUUCACACUGACAUGGACAGAGGUGAUGGACGCACUAAGUACGUGCUGCGGGGUGAGGGGGCUGGGUCAGUGUUCGUGAUUGACGAGAAGACGGGCAACAUCCACGUAACCAAGCCCUUGGAUCGGGAGGAGAAGGACGAAUACCGUCUGAUUGCCACGGCAACAGACAGUCAGACAGAGCGUGCCCUGGAGCCCUCCUCCCAGUUCAUCAUUAGAGUGCAAGAUAUCAACGACAACCCACCUGUCUUCGAGGACGGACCCUACAGUGCCACAGUACCCGAGAUGGCAAACAUAGGGACCUCCAUUAUCCAGGUGACGGCUUCAGAUGCAGACGAUCCCACAUAUGGGAACAGCGCACGGUUGGUGUACACGCUAGUUCAGGGGCAGCCGCACUUCUCAAUGGACCCUCAGACAGGCAUCUUGCGUACUGCAGUUCCUGAUUUGGAUCGAGAAGCGCAGGAUCUGUAUCUGGUGGUCCUGCAAGCUAAAGACAUGGGCGGACAUCUUGGUGGCCUGUCAGGGACGACUACAAUUACUGUACGAUUGACGGAUGUCAACGAUAACCCUCCGCGCUUCGUACAAAGUUCCUGGCUGUUUUCUGUGUCAGAGUUGGCCAUGCCAGGGGCGGAGGUGGGUCGGAUCUCAGCAACAGAUGCUGACUUGGGAGACAAUGCCAAGCUGGAGUACACCAUCCUGGACGGAGAGUCAGGGGACACCUUUAACAUCACCGGAGCCAACCAAGAGGCCGUGAUCAUUCUGAACAAGGCGGUGGACUAUGAGAGCCGUAGCUCCUACUCUUUCUCAGUGGAGGUUCUGAAUCCCAUCGUUGACCCUCGAUUCCUGCGGCGUGGGCCUUUCAAAGACCGUGCCUCGAUCAGAGUGGCCGUGAUAGAUGCCGAUGAGCCCCCUCGUUUCUCACGGGCACGUUACCGAAUGGAUGUGUCUGAGAACUGCCCAGCUGCGUGUACAGUGGGGCGGAUCAGUGCCGUGGACCCAGAUACGGGGCUCACAAACAACAUCAGGUUCUCUAUCGAUCCUCAGUCUGACCCAGAAGCUCUGUUCCGGAUCACUCCAGACACUGGGCUCAUCUCUACAGUGACUGAGCUGGACCGAGAGCAUGAACAGUGGCAUAAUAUCACUAUUAUUGCUACACAGAGAGAUAACCCCAGCCAGGUGUCCAGAGUGGUGGUUGCCAUAGAAACGCUGGAUUUAAAUGACAAUGCUCCAGAGCUAGAUAGGCAGUACAACACAGCCAUGUGUGACUCCGCUUCCACUGGACAGGUGGUGCAGGUGUUGCGGGCGAUUGAUAGAGACGAGGGAGGAAAUGACAGCACCGUCCAUUUCAACAUCCCUCCGGACUCCAACGCUGCCCUCAACUUCAGCGUCAGGGAGAGUGGAGGCCCCACUGCUAGCUUGGUGUUGGCGUCACCUUUGCAGACACUGUCUCGCUCUACAUCUUCCUCCCUCACACUCUACGUCCCGCUGGUCCUGAGGGACGGGGUCUCCGGUUUGACCAGCACUGGGACAGUCACGGUGUCCGUAUGUCCCUGUCUGAGAGGAGGAGCCCGGGCCGGAGAGAAAGAGAAGGAAAGUGAGGCAGAGUGGGACAGGGAGACAGUUUGUUUGCCACAGCACUCCUCCUUGCCCUCCCCUGGACUCAGCACUGCCGCCCUGCUGGCCAUUUUAGCCUGUGUGGCCACUCUUUUGGCUGUCAGUGCUUUGUCUCUGUCUCUGCGCAGGCAGAAAAGGGACUCGCUUUCGCCUUUAGAGGAGGAUGAUGUAAGAGAGAACAUCAUCACGUAUGAUGAUGAAGGAGGAGGUGAGGCCGACACGGCUGCAUUCGACAUCACAGCGCUGCAGAGCGCCCCACAUAACGCUCGCAGGGGGUACCGUACCCUGGACAGCAGGAACAUACGUUAUUCACAACACUGUCAGGAGAAGGCUCGUGCGUAUAACAGCUGGGCUCAGGCUGGAGCGAUUGACCCGGGGCAGUACACCAGUCAAGGAGCCCCUCUAUAUGGACGGAUUUGCUACAGCAGCCACACUCUCCCAGUGCUGCGUCGCUCACAGGGCCCCUAUGAGCCCGGCUUAUCCGAGCUGGCUUACCGCUUUCCCGGGAAUCAACCAGACCACUCUCUAGUCAUUCAAAACCAGGCGGCUAUGGUUGGCCCUCUGGAGCCCGGGGCCAUUUACGUGCCAGCAUCAGAGGCCGGUCACGGCUCUAAAGAAGGGACAGCAUCUCAGGACGGAGCUACCACAUCUGAGGGAGGAACGCCGAGGAAAAAUGAGGAUGACGCAGGCAGUGAUGCCCAGCAGAGUCAGAAUCAAAGCCAGGAUCAGGACUGGAAGAAUAAACUCAUUCUUACCUCCCGCUCUAACCCUCCUGCUCCUCCCCGUCCCAUACAGGUCCAGCCAGACACAGCCCCCCGCGAACGAGAGCUGGUAUUGACCCGUUCCGGUUCGGUUGCUGGGACGGGCACCACCGGAGGGUGGAUGUGCGACUCCUCCACGCUCCCCCGAGCUGGACGGCACUCCUCGCGGGGCAGUCUUUCCCUAAGUAGGAGCGGCGCGGGGCCUGCCGAGUCCAACCACCCUGGGGUGGUUGACGCUCCUAACGGAAGCACAGAAAUGCAAUCUGUCAGUGGCAAUUAUGCCACCAUCCUGCAGGGGGAGCAGCAGAGGGACUACUCGGGAACUCUGGGACGGGGCGGGCUGGAGAUGGGCAGCGGAUUUGUGCUGAGCAGGCCCGAAAGAGAGGCCAGCAUUCCACUGAGCACCGGGAUGUAUCCGGAGGGUGGCGGGUUCAUAGGAGACUGGCACGAACGGGUGGGCAUAACCGGGUACCCGCUGGGCAGGAGGGAUAUGACACCCCAGCUGCUUCCGUACCCUGGCCAAGGCCGGGGAGCAUUUGGGGGCAUCCUGGGUUAUGGCGGAGCGUGGCCCUCAGCACCUGAGGCGUCAGGAAGAGGGGCGCCCAUCGGAGGUGCUCACUCUCUCGCCCUGAGGGUCGGCGAGUUCCUGCGUCUCCGUCUGGCUCAGGUGACCUUUGACCCCUCGCAGCCUCCAUACGACUCGGUGCAGGUGUACGGGCUGGAGGGCACAGGCUCGCGCGCCGGAUCCCUCAGUUCCCUGGACAGCGAAGGCAGCAAAGACGCCGAGAAAGAGGUGUGGGGAGCAGGUCUGGAAGAUUGGGGCCCACAAUUCCAGAAAUUAGCCCAGCUUUUUAGGGAAAGGGAGAAGGAGAAUGAAGAAGAUAAGGAAAGAGAUAUAGAGGCCCACAAACAGCACAAGGACAGGGAAUGGAAAGAAAAUGAGGACCAGUCUGGAGACGAGGAGCAGGCGAAUGUCUGAGAGAAAGAGAGCGAGAAGGAGAGGGGUUGGGUGGGACAGUGAUUAAAAGGCAACAAGAGCUGGAAUAAUGAAAAGUGAAGGGUAAGGAGGGAGAGACUAAGAGGAAAGGUAAUAAGGGAAGACAAGGAAAAAUGAACUGAGAGAGCAGAGGCAGUGGAGAGAGUGAUUGAUGCAAUUUGAAGCAAUAAGUGCUGAAAAGCGGAUGUGUGAGCACAGUCAAAGGUGCGUUUCUUUAGCCAGCAUUUGACAUUCCUGAAGUGUGUUUGGCAGUGAGCGAAAAGCAAAGUUCACUGUAUACCAGAUCACAUUUAAUUACAACAGAGAAAGUAAGAGAUUUGAACUUGGAUUUCUGUGUCAGUGAGCAAGACAAUGGCAACACGGGGGAAUGAGAAACGCAAGGCCGGAGCGAUAGAUGAAAAGUUACGGCAGCACACACGAGGGAUUAGGAAAAUUAAUGUUUGUACAGAAAUUGUUUAUACAUUCACAAAAGCAAGAGAACUGAAUUAUUCAAAAGAAAGCACUGAAUAUUACAGUAAAGUCCUGAAUAAGUGUCUGCACAAAGAUUCUCUGUGUUUACUCAUUCACACAAAAACAAACACGCAUCAAUUUUAAGCCCUGCAUGGAAAUUCUGCUUUGCGGAUGUCUCAUUGUCAGGGUUCAAAAUUACUUACAUUUUUGCCAAGAACAGAUUUUUUUUAUUUCAAGUUGCUCAAGAAAAAGAAAAAAGACGCAAUUGAAAUGUAGUGAUGUUAAAAUUGUGCAAAAUAAAGCAAAAACUGUGCACAAACCACCAUUACUUGUCAAAAUAAAUCCCACAUUUAAAACGUGAAGGUGAAUUACAAGUUCUGACAGGUCUGCUUCAGCUAGAACGCACUUUUAUACAUGAUGUUCAGAUAGAAUACAAAUGGUGUUGUUGUUUUUUUAUUGGAGGAAAAAAAAACCAUGAAAAAAAUGUUCUAUGUAAAUGCAUUUAAAUGUAAAUAUCACUGAAUGCCAUUGUGAAGUAACAGUACUGUAGUCUUCAAGCAAAAAAAAAAAAAUAGAAUAAUAAAAUGAAAACUGGAGAAUAUUAUAUAUUUAGU